GUGGGCCUACGUUAGCCUGGCAAGACGCAAUUUCGGCGAUAUUAUAGUUAUCUUAUACCUUUAAACGAGCAAUUCUUGUAUAUUAACAUAUAUGUAUACUUAGUCUGGCCAUAAAUACUGUCACAAUUAAAAAAAAAAUAAUCUAUGGCAAAUAACAUUAAUUACUUUUACAGUGUGUUAGUUUAAUACAUAAAAAGUAUAAAAAGCUUAUUCGAAGUGGUCUCCAUUGGCUGCAAUACAGUCAUUUAAACGUUGAGGCUAGUUAUCAAUAGAAGCAUGCACUCUUUCCAUGGGAAAAAUUUUCACUGCCAAUCGUAUAGAUUGUUUUAGGGACUCCAAAUUAUCAUGGCGUUUAGAGCAAGCCGUACUCUCUAAAACUGACCAUAAAUCAUAAUCCAGCGGAUUAAGAUCGGGCCUAGACUUCAUAAAAUUUAGUACACAGGAGAUUUCGGGGGCGAUAAAUCGAUCUAGCUACGAUUUAUUUUCAGAAAAUGUUGUUUUAUUCGUAUUUUCAAUAAUCAACUCUUCCCGACAUCUAUUGGCGAAUAAUAAUACUAUUUUUCUUAAUUGAGGGCAACUAACCGCUUUAAAGACACAACAAAAUGUCGUUUUAAAAAAAAAACCGGUCAUCAUCUCGUUAUAUUUAUGAGCUCUAAUGUCAGAGCCAUGAGUACGUUUGCCUUUACAUCCAUAAGCAUAUAUCAAAAUGGAACACAAACGAAAACGACUUCGGCUGCUCUACCAUCAAGGAGAUGCGAAAGCAUCGAUGUCAGAUCGUUUUUAGUUUUUUCAUAAAUGGCUAUCUGUAAUGAAAAACAUCCUUUUUGAAAUGAAUGCAUUAAGUAUUGUUCUAUCGUUUGUCAGCAAGAAACAAGAGACUGCAAGAAUUAAAUGUCUCGAUGCUCUAAUGAUUAGGGGACGUGAAUGCUGGACCACGGGAGGGGGCGUCGAGCCCUGGUCUGAGGCAAAUCUCCGCGGAAUAGGGCAGCGCGUUGCCAGUAGUCACCACUAAAUCGUCAAGUGAUGCACUGAAGGACGAAGCGAGUAUGGCGGGCUGGAGGGCAGCUCCGCAGCCGCUGGUCCCACGGCGGGCUGCGGGCUGCGACACUCGCGUUCCACCCACCGCUGCGGACGCACGUUAUGGCGGCCACGCGCUAACUGAAAAUCGUGCAGUGCUGUGAAUUGUACGCUCCAAUCUCUUCGAAUAACAAUUCAAUUACAAAACAUCAUGAUAAGGUCAAAAGGCGACAUGGCGUCGCCAAGAUUUUCAACCAUUUUGCUAGCAGCAUUCCAUCUUUUUACCGUAUGUUGGGGAGGUCCGGUGGGUCCGCUACCGAAUGUAACGAGCGUCGAUUUGGGACUUAAAGAAGGUAGUUGCGCGCUAGGAGACGUGGUAUAUCUUCCCGGAGACGAAUUCCCAGGUUCAGACCCCUGCGAGAAGUGCAAGUGCUCCGAUGGAGGGGGGGUCCAAUGUGAGAAGCAGCAAUGCGAAUCCAGGCCUGGCUGCAAGGCUGUGCAUCGACCCGACCAUUGCUGUCCAACGUAUCAGUGUGAUUGCGAGCAAGAAGGUCGUGUCUACGAUAACGGUGAAAAGUUGGUCGAUCCUGCAGAUCCCUGCCGCGUGUGCUACUGCCAGGGGGGAGAGGUAGUCUGCAGACGGAUCGCUUGCUUCGUCAGAGAUGACUGCACUCCUCGGCUUGUGCCCGGUAGAUGUUGUCCUGAAUACGACAACUGUCCUGUCAGAGGGGUAACCAUGCUUCCUGGCGUCUCUUCCUUGCCGCCCAACCUUUCACCUACAGAAGAUAUCAAGGGUAGUGCUGCACCAACUGCUCCUAAGGAAAAUCUUAAACAAGAAUUCACUAUUAAGGAAAUAACACCAGUAUCUGAGAUUCCUAUAAUGAAUGAUGUGAAAAUUAAAAAGAUCUUACCAUUUCCAAGUAUCGACGUUGCCGAGUAUUCAUCGUCGAAGUCUCCUCCUAUCACAAGAGAAGCUACUUCUGAGAUAUCCGUUAAAACAGAAUCUGAAAUCGUCAAAACGGACGCUCCUACGAUCACUGAAGUCCAUCAGAAAGAGAGUGACAAGAAGCCAGAUGAUACACAGCCCUCUAAAAUAAGUUUUUCUACUCAAGAUUCUAUUAACAGUGAUAUUUAUUCGUCGAAUGAAUCAACUGUCACAAAUGGAUUACCUACAGCUCCAUCUGUGACUACAACUAAAGCACCGAUCAUUGAAGAAGAAGACACAUCACUUUUUGAUCAUAACCCAGCAUUCCCACCUAUUCCAGACGAUUUAGCAGUCUUGAGCAACCACGGAGAUGAAAUCGUACCCGAGCCAUCUGCAGAGGGCGACCACAUGACUGUGCACGACACCGUUCCCAGCUUGCCUUCAGUAGAGCCAAAGCUUGAAGAACCUAUUGAACCUAAAGAAGUCACUGACAUUAUACUGACAACUGAAAAACCAUCGGUCACUUCAAUCGAAACUAGUACAACAGCUAAACAAGAAAGCACUACAGUUGUAGAACAGCUCAAAGAAAGCCCAAUGCUUAAUUUGAGGUCCGCUAUACCAACUGAGAUACUCAACGCUCCAUCUCUUGUACCAGCAGACACCGGGGAGCCGUUAGAUGAUGGCAUAACUACUGAUGUACCAGAAAUAUCCUCAACCACAGAGGAAACCGAAACGUCCAAAGAAAGCUCUAACCACACUAUUGAAGUUUCUGAAACUCCUGUUAUCGAAUCUUUUGCUACAGCUACUGGUGCAGAAUUAGACACAACCACUCCUAAAGUAUCCACUGAACAUGAAAUUGAAGUCACCACUAAAGACCUGGAACAAACGACCAGUUCGAUAGCAAAAUCAAAUAGCGCAACGGAAGUGACGUCCCAUACUGAAAUUAGUUCUUUACCGAUUGAAACGAGUGAUCAAAAUCCACACGAGUCUGAAGCUGUGGUGAAAGAUAAAAUCGUAGACUCUACUAUCGACCCUUUUGCAACUAGCGCUAAGGUUUCACCGUCUGAAGUAAUAACCGUUUCAAGGGCGGUGUCAAAUGAAGAUAACGUAUUUGAAAACGUUGAAACUACUGAAUUUAUUUUAACAUCGUUUGGCUCUUCCGAAACUGCCACCGAUUCUGUCGAAUUGAUCAAAAUAUCUGGUGAUCCUGAGAAAAGUGCUCAGAUAGUUGUAGAGCCUGAAGAGAAGAGGAAUAGUGUACUCGCUGAUUUAAUUAAUCUAGUUAGCGACGUAGCCACGAUUAACGACCACACUGAAAACCCUAAUAAGGAACAAGCACCGAAACCAACUAGUAUAUCUGAUUCUGAAGAACUCAUACCAGUCAACGCUGGGUACAAAAGCAAGAACAGUAAUUAUAAUCAAAACUCUAUAACUGAAAUUCCUUACAAAUCAAAAAAUACUCCAGGAAACCGUCAAAAAGUAGUCGAAAUAGAAGACGACGAAUCUGAGAGUAUUACUGAUCUUCCGGCACCACACGACAAGGUGGAACCUACCACACGCCGACCGAUUAUCGAUAAUGUGUCGGACAAAAAGAUGGAGAACAAAACUCAGGAAAAAGAUACCGAAAUCAUAACGCAGUCUUACGUCCCGACGAUCAACAGACGGCCGAUAAAGGUCAUCAUGAAGAAAAAUAACGACAGGCCGGUUACUGAGUCACCCGAAGGCUCACUGGUAUCUGUCUCGAGUGAGGCCUUUACUGAUGACAUAACCGACACCACAGAGAAUAGCGUGGCUGCAGAGGAGAAGAAACGUACAGAAGAUUCCACGGAAACCGUGCUGGUCACAGAGGCUCAAUGAGGGUCUCCUGACUACUUCCGAAACCUCAGCUUUCAGCAUUUCAUAGAAAAUAAGUUUCGUUCUUGAAACUGUAAGUUAAACUUAGAGACAAUUAGUUAGUGACCCUUCCGGGACUUGAUUGUAUCCAUUGUCAAUUGAAGUCCGUGUCAGCGGGAGCUUUAGUAUAAUAAUCGUAGAUGGUCGAAAUAUUCGAUCGACUUAAGUGAAAUUUGGACAAACUAUAGUUAAGAUAGGCAACAAGGCGCAUCGCGUCACAUGUGUCAAAUUAUGAGUUAAGCUGGAGUUCCAAUCCUUUUUACCACACGACGUUGCCAGUCGUCGCUGUCGGGAUUCCGCCAUGGGUUUCCCUAUGUAGUAAGUAAGUUAUUUAUUUUAGUGAGAGAUUCUCGAGUGAUAGGUGAGCAAUCUAGCUAGUCAUGGAGUGAGAGCGCAGCCUCUGCGCUCCUAGAAGCCACGUUGCCAUACUGCUAGCUUAUAAAGAACAUGACAAACACAUACUCUGAAAUUUCAUAGCACGAAACGAUCUUAUGAUAAUUUAAUAAAGAAAUAAACUUUAUUUCGUACGUUAUAAGAAUCAUUGUUGUAUGUUAACGUUUUGCGUUGUAUGUGUACUGACAUUCCAUAGAUGUAGUUCCUUUAUAUCGAUGUAACACAGUGAGUGAUCCAGUUCAUCAAAACUGGGUUGAGUGCCGCGGAGACAACAACAUUGGGUACAAAAAUGAAUUUUAAAAUUGAAACAACCUUAUGAAAUAUCUCUAGUGUAUCUCUAGUUUAGAGUGUAAAUGUGAACGCACAUACUCGUAGUUUAUAUAUUGCACCAAUUCGGACGAUCGCUAUCAAUGAAUAAGUCCAUACACAAAAUAAUUGUCAAGUGUUUCCGGUACUUUACCAUAUCAUAUUAGAUAUUUUCUUGAAAACGCUUUCUGCAGUUGUCAAAUUUGAUAGCGAUCAUUUAUUAUUAUGAAGCAUUCUUUGACGAGGCUCAGUGGUAGAGUUGAAGUUAUGUGUUAUCGAUUUUUUCGUAUGAACAUUACGUUGUGUUGUCUGCAGCCGGUCGCAGCACGUGCCAGCAUGUUGCCCCGGAAGACCUUUUCUUUUCCCGGGUAAUAAGCGCACGUGUUCACUGUUUUAUUUAAAUAUUUGUUUUUUUUUAUAAUCAAUUAAAGAAACCUAGACUGAU